AAUCAUCUUGGUUGAUGAAGACGAUGCGCUCCAGUCAAGUCUUCUAUCGGAGCCGAUGAGUAUUGCCGCCUUGAUAUAUUCAGCUAUCACCACAAUAACCAAAAGGUUCGGCCGAGCCAUCCUGUUGGACAGAAGAUCGGUUAAAAGCGAAGGAUUGACAAGCGCUAUCAACAUGUCGUGCAUUUGAUAGGCCGUGGUUAAUCACAUUUAAUCAACCCCACAAUCAAUGCACAGUAUGCCCGGCACUUGGCUUGCUACAGCAUUGCCUCCUUUAGCUUCACUCUUUCCAAGACGGGAGAGGUGAGGUUGGCAUGGAGUACACGCGAAACUUUUAAAAGAGCGCGACGGCCCGCCGACGACCCCAGGCCGCCUCGUGGUUCUUAAUCCGUCCUGCAAAGCCAAGAUCGACGAAGCUAUUCGGUGUCUCUCACUCCACCAUGAAGGUCUUGUACGGCCUUUUUUCUCUCCCGGCCGUUUACGGCCAGGGCUUUAGCACGACCAUGCUUCGAUUCGGUUGCUCCGAGGUCGUCCUCGAUCGCAUCGAUCCUCUCGUCGAGCCCGGCGGUAUUCCCUCUGCUCACGUCCAUCAGGUUGUCGGAGGAAAUGCGUUCAACGUUACCAUGCCCUACAGCGAUAUUUCCAAGCUCGCGACAUGCACAACAUGCUCGUUUGAUCAAGAUUUGAGCAACUACUGGACUGCCAACGUGUACUUCAAGGCUCGAAACGGAACCUACAAGCGUGUUCCCCAGAUGGUCAAUGAUGCCAUUGGAAAUGCCAACGCUGGAAUUACGGUAUACUAUACGGCUCCUGGUCCUAAAACCGUUACUGCCUUCAAGCCAGGCUUCAGAAUGUUCACUGGCGAUGCAGCACGCCGCACCUCGACUGGCCUUGGUCGCAAGAUGCAGAGCUGCUAUCGUUGCUACACAGGGCCCAACUUCCAGGGCAACACCAUGAGCCCUUGCAUGGAUCCCAAGCUUGACACCGAGAGCUUUCCAACAACUCCAUGCCCCGGAGGCAUCCGCAGCAGUGUUAUCUUCCCUAUCUGCUGGGACGGGAAGAACCUCGACACUCCGAACCACAUGGACCAUGUUGCUCACCCUACGUCCGGGCCUGCCACCUUUGCCGUUGUCGAUGCAGCUUGCCCUGCGAGCCAUCCGGUCAAGAUCCCACAGGUCCACUACGAGAUCGUCUGGGAUACCCGUGCCUUCAACAACAAGGCUGAAUGGCCCGCCGAUGGCUCUCAGCCUUUUGUACUGAGUCAGGGAGACCCGACCGGCUACGGCCAACAUGGCGACUAUGUCUUUGGCUGGAAGGACGACACUCUCCAGCACGCCAUGGACAACCGCUGCUUUGCUGCCACAUGCCGUGGUUUAACGACGCAGACCUUUGAUAAGGCUAACCAGUGCCAGGUCAAGAGAGUGGUUAAGGAGGAUAUCGACGGCUGGCUCAAGGCUUUGCCGGGUCAUUCACACGAGUGAGGGGUGGGAUUUUGGAUUUGAGAGGGAAAUAUGGUGACAUGCUUUGGAUGGACGUUGUGAAAAGACUGGAUGGCUUGUAUCCAGAGGCUAUUGUCGAAGAAGAUACUGAACUUGACGUAUUACAAGUUAUUUUCGAGACUUGUUGAUCGCCUUGUCUCGCGAGGCCUGUAGACUGCCAUUUAUACAGAAAAUACCAUAUUUUUCGG